CCAGUUUGGAACGCGCCCAAAUUUGUUUAUUCAAAAUUCUUUUGGUUCAAAUUUUGAAAAAUCACGCUCGCACACGCUGUUCUAUUUUAAAUCGUUUUGUAUAAUCGAUGUCCGCGGUGGUGCUUGAAUUUCGUAAACGUAUUGGACAAAUUGUCGGACACCAUAUCUUAACCUCAAAAGCGACCAUUUUGUGUACGUUCUCCCGUUGGCACUGCCGAUGCCGCUUCUUAUCUACUACUGCUCGGACCUGAACUACACGUCCCGAGUCCUGUGAGCGGACAGCUUAGCAACCAUUGAUUAUACUUCCUUGAAACAUUAAUAAUGCACUAAUUGCUGCACAAACCACCGAAUCGUAAUUGAAAGUGUCUUCAACGGGGUGCUGGGAUAACCGUUGAUUUGUUAUAACUUAUGCUGAUAGGAAAUUCGAGAACAGUCAUGACUAAGAUCAGGCCUCGGACAUUCUUCGACAUAGAAGUAGGCGGGUUGCCUAUGGGACGCAUUGUCUUCGAACUGUAUUCAGACAUAUGCCCAGAGACAUGCGAGAAUUUUCGUGCCUUGUGCGCAGGCGACAAAGGCCUGGGAAAAACAACUGGCAAGCCGCUGCAUUAUAAGGGAAUCGUCUUUCACCGUGUUGUCAAAGACUUUAUGAUCCAAGGAGGCGAUUUUUCCGUCGGCAAUGGUACUGGUGGCGAAUCAAUCUAUGGAGGAACCUUUGCAGAUGAAAACUUCUCGGUUACUCAUGAUAAACCAUUUUUGUUGUCAAUGGCCAAUCGUGGUAAGGAUUCAAAUGGUUCGCAAUUCUUCAUUACAACUCAACCCGCACCCCACCUCGACAACGUUCACGUCGUAUUUGGAGAAGUGGUUUCUGGGCAAGAGAUUGUCUCGCACAUCGAAGGUCUACCUGUGGAUCGCAUGUCACGUCCCUUACAGGAUGCCAAAGUUGUGAACUGUGGAGAGCUUGUUUUAAAAAUCAAGGGCAAAGUUAAAAAACGGGAAAUAAAGAGUACCAUUGGUUCCCAUUCAUCAUCCUCAGGAGCAUCAUCUUCAUCUGAAUCCAAUUCGCAUGUUGGCAAAAGUAGAAAAAAGAAAAAGUCUAAAAAAAGCAGCAAGAAACGCGCAAGGUCUGAAGAAGGAGAAAUUCCCGACUCUGGUGAUGAGGAUGCUGGGAAACCUCACCCACUUGUGUCCGUAACUAAGAUUGAUCCAGAUGAGAUACCUGAGGUUCCCGCCAAUAAAUUUUUGUACAGAGCUGGGUCAGCCAAUAAUGCUAAUCAGAAAGAAUUUAGGCAACGUUUUGGGCGAGACAGAAAUCGUGGGCAUACAAAGAGUGGACGAAUUAUCAAAGGCAGAGGCGUGUUUAGAUUCCGUACGCCGUCGCGUAGUCGUUCCCGAAGUAUGACUCCUCCACAUUGGAAACAAGCACAAAAUCGUACGAUUAAACUCCAUGAAUUCCAAAAAAUGGAAAAGGAACGUAUGAAAAAGGAAGGCGACUUGGAUGUUGAAGAGGGACAAAGUCAAAUUCAACGGGAGGGCGAGAGAAGAAGGAAAUUUUCUAACACUAGGGGGGAAGUGCAAGGCUUUGAGCAAGAAAAUCAAGAUCUCAAGUCGGAGGUAGCGGUUUUCCGUGACGAGAUUAAUCAGGUGGAGAAUAUAGAAAAUUCAGCACAAGUAUUGCGAAGUCAUGGUAAUGGAAAUACAAACAUUGAGAAAAACGGAAACAGUCGAUCCAGGUCUGAUAAUAGGCGAGGUGAUGGAAGACUGGAUAAGCAUCGCCCAAGUCAUACAAAAACUGAGGAUCACAGAUAUUCUAGGAGAGAUUCCAGAGACAGAAAUCGAAAGCGUGGUCGUUCAAGGUCCAGAGACCGUCGAAGGUCCAGAGAUCGGGAUCAUAGCCGAAGAAGUAGCCGCGACAGAAAAGCUCGGAGGCACCACUCCCCCAGAAGACGUAGUUCCGUAAGACCAACUAACAGGUCAGACAGACACACCGAAGAUCGUCGCGAUAAGCGUAACGAAAGCAAGCGUUCAAGUAAUGUAGACAACAAGGACGAGAAACGAUCAAAUAUUGAUCGCCAAUCAGAUAAGCCCGAAAAAAGUAACGAUAGCUUGACGUCCGUCAUGCAGCCAAAGUUCAAACGCCGAUCACGCUCUUCUAGUAACAGUAGUCGAGCUUCCAAAGCGUAAAAAAUUGAAUUCCAGCGAAAUUACUCCUAGACAAUUCUGUACCGGAAUUUUUUCUUCUCCUUUUAUUUUCCUUCCACCCUUUCAAUAUUGUUUAUCGAUUCUUGAGAAAUUCAAUUAAUCUAUCUCACGUUCGAAUACAUUCUUCUUUAUCAACUUUGUAAAUAAAUCACUCGCGUUUCUCUCUCCUAACGACUGGUCCGAACGUUUUCACUAAUCGUCUGAAUAAAUAGAUUUUCGAAUUAGCUUGGUUUAACGUUGCAUCAGAGUCCAUGAAACCGUCAUUCAUUUCCUCGCCGUAAUUGUACGAGUACCCAGAAGUACAUGACCUGACUAUGGGAAAAUCAACAUAAAAUAGACAAUCUGCAGAAACUAUCAAUAGGUAUUGUCUAGAAUAUACAAAAGUAUCAGGAUUGUUGAUAAAGGUUAUACGGUAUUGCUAACUGAAGAUUUAGAAUCAUUGUCUAGAACUACCUUCUUCUUAAUAUUAUAAUUUGUAUUUAGUAUCUGACACAAGGAUCUUGACACUUGAAGAGUUUCGCCAAUUCAAGUCAACUAGGUAACAGCUGAAAUGUGGAAGAUUUUGUUUCUUUUAUGACAUUAAAUGAAUUAUAUUCAGGGA